ACUCGACCGCCCAUUCUCGUGCUACCUCGUUCCUCCAACGACGCUCCUUUUCUCUGAUCGGCCGCGACUCUAUCGGUGCAUGUCAGUCUUGUUGCUUUGCUAUGGAUCCGUCGCACCCGAGCCGAAGAAGCCCAAUUCCUACGUCGUAAAUGUGCUUUAGCGGGUCCUACGGGCGGGUGUUUGUACCUAUCGUCCUAUACGACUAGACGCCGAGCCGCCAGCCGACGCUAUGAGCCAGCCGCAGAAGAAGACUGGAGGAGGAUGGGGCUCGUUACUCUCAGGCGCAGUUGCUGGCUUGGAGUCGCGUCUGGACAACAUCCUCGCCGACGAGGAGACGCGUGCUGCGGAAGAGGCCGCCCGUAGAGCACGACUUGGUAUUCAGCAAAAAUCCGCGGUCGCGAGCCUGAAAGCAGACGAGAAGGACUCUUUGUCUAGGGCGGCUAGCAAGAACAGGGUAAACGACAGGCUAGCUGAGAGGUUGGCUAAGGCGGCAAAGGGCGAAAGGAGUAAUCGGCCCAGCAGCGAGUUACCCAGUCGCGCGGCAAGUCCUUUGCCCAGAACAAGCAAGGAAGUAUCGAGCACAGGUGGCAGCGAAGAGAAACCCGACAAUGCGGGGGCUGAAAGGACGUAUGGUGAGCAGACCGCCGGCCUGGACGGCGUUGCUGGAAGUGCGAGAGGAUCACAUGAGGCUAGCAUGCCUGCGUCAAACGACUCGAAGGUCUCCUCGAAACGACAGUCGCACGAUGCUGCCCGACAUUCAGUCGAGCUGUCACAGCAAGCCGAAGAUGUGGCGGCAGCUACACCUCUGAAGAGGUCCCCUUCAUUUCUUGAGUCCGAGGUCCAGCGCCUCACUCAGGUACAGGAUGAAAACACGCGCAAUUAUCAAGAAGAGUUGCAUGCACACCUCGAGCGUAUAGACGCCUUGCAGGCCAAGCUUGAGUACUUGGCUAAGCAGACGGCAGCGGCAGCUCGUGAGGCUGCAGCAGCAGCUGAUCCGGGAAGCCUACAGAAAAAGCUCGCUGAGAUGGAGGAGCGUAAUGCGCUGCUGUUGGAGGAAGGCAACAAACUCAGUAAGAAUGAAAUCAAGGCCAGAGGUGCCAUUGCCAAGUUGCGAUCUAGGGUCCAGGAAGAGGAGAAAGCAAGUGUAGAAUUGAAAAGAAAGCUGGCAACAUCUGAAGAAGAAAAGCUCGACCUCAGAGAUCGCCUGAAGAUUGUUGAAGAGAGAGAGAAGGCAGCUCAAGCUAAACUCAGCAGCUUGGCCAAGGUCGAGACUGAGCUUGACACAGUCAAACGAGAUCGCGAGGACGCAAAAAAGGAGGUUGCGAACUUGAAAAAGCUGCUUGCUGAAGCAGAACAGAGGGCAGAGGACGCGGAGAAGAAGGCGCAGACAGACCAGCUGGAGGAGCAGAUGCGAGUCAUUGCCGAAUUGAACGAUGACCUGUCCAAUGCCCGGCUGGAGAAGAAACUCGCAGAGGACAGGGCCAAGGCUGAGAUAAAAAUGCUAAGGGAAGACAUGGAACGAAAAGAGGAGAAAUCACGGCUUAACGAGAUGGAGCUGCGCAACGAGAUACACAGUCUUGAGACCAAACUCGAGCUUUUUCGGAGCCGUACUGAAGAAGUUACCUCGUCUACUACCACGGAUGGUCAAGCCAAAUUACUACGGCAAGUGGAAACGCUACAGACUCAGUACUCUCUUGCUAGCGAGAACUGGCAAACCCUCGAAAGCACCCUUAACGCACGCAUUGUUGCUCUAGAAAAGGAACGUGAUGACAUCGCCAGGCGAGAAGCAGACGUCCGUAAGAAAGCGCGCGAAGUCAAUGCCAAAGCCAGAAGGCUCGAAGAAGAUCUCGAGGGCGAGAAGGAGAGGGCAAGUGCGUUUGAAACAGAUCUCAACGAGCAAAAGGCCGCGCUAGCGAAAUUGCAGACGCGCUUGAUGGCCGCAGAGAACGCACACGCCGAGGCCAAAGCUCAAGUGGAGCGUGAGCGUAAGGCUUGGGAAAAGGAGAUGCAGAACAAGCUCGAGGAGGAGCGGAUGCGAUGGAGAGCCGUGCACAGUCAGCCCUUGGCUUCACCUAACCCUUCGUCUGCCUCAGCUUUCAUGGCUGAGCAAAAUAACUUCCUAGGAGUAGGAUCUCCGACCACGUCGUACGGAAAUCGUAAGGCCUCAGACUCGGGCCUUCUAGGAUUGUACGGCAGACGAAGCAAUGCGGCAAGUCGUACACAUUCUUCGGAUUUGCCAUCUCUUCAAGCAUCCGACCGACCAGCAUCUCGACGAGCAAUGCCUGUUGGCUUCCCAGGACAACCCGUCCGGACCAACACAGGCGACUCUUCACAGUUCAGCCUCGAUGCUGCCUCGUCCCAUGUCUCGGGCCUGGGUCUGAACGGUGGGGGCUUACCACGCAGCGCUACCGCCUCUGUAGCUCCGUCUAUUGACAUUGACGCCAUCGACGACCGUCUCGAGCCCGAUUCAACCUCAUCACCACACAGAACAGUGAAUGAACUGGUUUCACACAGCACCAUGGCUGCGGGCCCUUCUGUACAACUGGUCGAACGAAUGUCUGCGGCUGUCCGCCGCCUUGAGAGCGAAAAGGCGGCAAGCAAAGAAGAGCAUGCCCGGUUGCAGGCUCAGCGUGACGAGGCGCGAGAGGAGGUCGUCGGGUUGAUGCGCGAAAUAGACAUCCUAAAGAAACGCCAGGAGAAGAUGGAAAGCCUGGAAAAGGAAUUGGAAAAUCUUAGAACGAGAUACGAGGCAAGCCUCGAGAUGCUAGGCGAGAAGAGCGAAGAAGUGGAGGAGUUGCGGGACGAUCUGGAAGAGGUUAAGAAGAUCUACAAAGAAGUGUUGCUUCAGACCGGUGGCGGCGCAGGCCCGAAGAGAUGAUGGCUCAUUGACAAAGGCGGAGCGGUAGACCGAUUUUAUCGCUUAUGUGUAUUCAUUACUGACAUUAGAUAAAUUUAUACAUGUGUUUCAUGCG